AUGGGCAUAGGCUGGGGGGUACGAAUACCACUAUGGAUACCAAUAUUAGUGAUCACCUUUAUGCAGAACAAAGUCAAAGCCCAAUAUGAGGACCAACAAGCAAAUUAUGAUGACUAUAAUUAUGUCCAGCAGGGACAAGACUAUUUUUCUGUACCAGUAACUAAACCACAAGAAGUGACAAUCAUCCAACCACUGAGAACGACGCUGCCUGUAAAGCCUGGCAACCCUGCUCACAAUGGACGUGUGUGCAGCACCUGGGGAAACUUCCACUUCAAGACCUUUGAUGGGGACAUCUUUCACUUCCCCGGGCUCUGCAACUAUGUCUUUGCAUCCCACUGCAAAUCUGCCUAUGAGGACUUCAACAUCCAGAUCAGGCGCACUAUGCUGGAAAGCUCUCCUGUGAUCAACCAUAUCACCCUGAAGCUUGACGGAAUGGUGAUUGAACUGACCUCAGACUCCAUUGUGGUCAAUGGCAACCCAAUUCAGCUGCCUUUCAGCCAGUCAGGAAUCCUGAUAGGGAGAAGUAGCAGCUAUUUGAAAAUCACUGCCAAGAUGGGCCUGGUCUUCAUGUGGAACCAACUGGAUGGCCUUCUGGUGGAACUGGAUAAGAAAUAUGCCAAUCAGACCUGUGGGCUUUGUGGGGACUUCAAUGGCAUUCCAAUUUACAAUGAGUUCACGUCAAACAACAUCAAGCUGACUGACGUGCAGUUUGGGAAUAUGCAGAAGAUGGAUGGACCCACAGAGCAAUGCGAGGAUCCUACAUCUUCUUCUCUUUCAAACUGCUCAAAUGAAUUUAGUGCUAUCUGCCAGAGAGUAUUGACUGGUGAAGCAUUUGUGAGCUGCAAUGCACUGGUGGACGUUCAAGACUACAUUGACUCUUGCGUACAAGACUUGUGCCGCUGUGAUGAGUCUAUGCGUGAUUUCUGCAUCUGUAACACCUUUGCUGAAUACUCCCGGCAGUGCGCCCAUGCCGGUGGACAACCUCUGAACUGGAGAACUAAAGAACUGUGCAACAAGACGUGCCCUUAUAACAUGCAGCACGAGGAAUGUGGCUCCCCCUGUGCUAACACCUGCACCAACCCUGAAAGGUCAGCCCUCUGUGAAGAUCACUGUACCGAUGGCUGCGUCUGCCCCCCAGGAACCGUGUCUGAUGACAUUAACAGCUCUGGCUGUAUCCCUCUCAGCGAGUGCCACUGUACCUACAAAGGUGAAACGUAUAGUCCAGGUGCUUCUUUUGCAUCCCAGUGCACUUCAUGUACCUGUACUGGAGGCCAGUGGAGUUGUGUCAGCCUUUCCUGCCCUGGGACUUGCUCCAUUGAAGGAGGUUCCCACAUCUCCACAUUUGAUGAGAAACGUUAUUCCUUCUUUGGAGAUUGUAGCUAUAUCCUGACGAAGCUCUGUGACAGCGAUUCCUUCACUGUUCUAGGAGAAGUCCGCAAAUGUGGCCUAACUGACACCGAGACAUGCCUGAAAGGUGUAGCCAUCAGCAUAGGUGGAGGACAAACUAUUGUUGUGAUCAAACCUUCUGGCAGCGUGUUUGUGAAUACGAUCUACACCCAGUUGCCCAUCUCUGCAGCCAAUGUCACUAUCUUCAGGCCUUCAUCAUUCUUCAUCAUCGUACAAACAAACUUUGGGCUUCAGGUUCAGAUCCAGCUUGUACCCAUCAUGCAACUCUUUGUAAACUUGGACCCGUCCCACAAAGGGCAGACAUGUGGUCUUUGUGGAAACUUCAACAAUAUCCAAGCAGAUGACUUCAAAGCCACAAGUGGUGUAGUGGAAGGAACAGCAGCCGCUUUUGCCAAUACCUGGAAAAUCCAGGGUGAUUGCCCUAAUGUCAAAAACAUCUUUGAGAACCCCUGUACCCUCAGCAUAGAAAAUGAAAAAUAUGCUCAGCACUGGUGUGGAUUGCUGACUGAUACUCAAGGACCUUUUGCUGAAUGCCACUCAACAGUGAAUCCAGAUGUUUACCACACGAACUGUCUGUUUGACACCUGUAAUUGUGAAAAGAGUGAGGACUGCAUGUGUGCUGCCCUCUCUACCUAUGUCAGAGCCUGUGCUGCCAAAGGAGUCCUGUUGAAUGGAUGGAGGACCAAUGUCUGCACCAUAACCUCGUGCCCCAAAUCCCUGACGUACAGCUACGUUGUCAGUUCCUGCCAACCCACUUGCCGAUCUUUGAGUGAGCCCGAUGUCACGUGCAACAUCAAGUUCACUCCAGUUGAUGGCUGCACCUGUGCAAAUGGAACUUACAUGGAUGAAAAUGGCAAAUGCGUGCCCGCUACUAGCUGUCCUUGUUAUUACAAAGGAUCUGUGCUACCUUCUGGAGAGGUUGUUCAUGACAAUGGUGUCAUAUGCUCUUGCACACAUGGAAAAUUGGACUGCGUGAGAGUGAAACCAGAACCAGUCUGUGCAGCUCCCAUGGUCUACUUUGACUGCAGCAAUGUCACUGCAGGCACCAUUGGAUCCGAGUGCCAGAAGAGCUGUCAGACUCUUGAUAUGGGAUGCUACAGCACACAGUGCGUCUCUGGCUGCGUGUGCCCUAAUGGUCUAGUGUCAGAUGGCAAAGGUGGCUGUGUAGCUGCGGGGGAAUGUCCAUGUGUUCACAAUGACGCCUCCUACAAUCCAGGAGAAACAAUUAAAGUCAACUGUAACACCUGCACUUGUAAAAACAGAAUGUGGCAAUGCACCAAUGAACCUUGCCUGGCAACCUGCUCUGUUUAUGGAGAUGGUCAUUACAUUACUUUUGAUGGCAAACGCUUCAGCUUUAGUGGAGACUGUGAAUACACACUGGUCCAGGAUUACUGUGGUAAAAACAGUACCAGCCUUGGAACCUUCCGAGUGAUCACUGAGAACAUCCCCUGUGGAACCACUGGGACCACCUGCUCAAAGGCCAUUAAAGUCUUCCUAGGGAACUAUGAACUGGUACUCAGUGACGGAAAGUUUGAAGUGAUAGAGAAGGUCCGUGGAGGGGAAGUGCCAUACAAGGUCCGUUACAUGGGCAUCUACAUGGUGAUUGACACCAACAAUGGGCUGAUUCUUAUGUGGGAUAAGAAAACCAGCAUAUUCAUCAAGCUCAGCCCAGAUUUUAAGGGUCAGGUCUGUGGCCUGUGUGGGAACUACGAUGGCAAUGGCAUUAAUGACUUUACCACCAGAAGUCAGUCUGUGGUAGGAGAUGUGCUGGAGUUUGGAAACAGCUGGAAGGUGUCUCCUACUUGCCCAGAUGCCAAGAGCAACAAGGAUCCUUGCACUGCAAACCCUUACAGGAACUCUUGGGCCCAGAAGCAGUGCAGCAUAAUCAACAGCAAAGUAUUCGCUGCCUGUCACUCUCAGGUUGAACCAAAUGAAUAUUAUGAAGCAUGUGUGACUGAUGCUUGUGCCUGUGACACUGGGGGAGAUUGUGAAUGUUUCUGUACAGCGGUAGCUUCAUAUGCUCAAGCAUGUAAUGAGGCUGGCAUUUGUGUUGCAUGGAGAACCCCAUCUAUCUGUCCUCUGUUCUGUGAUUACUACAACCCGCAAGGGGAAUGCGAGUGGCACUACAAGCCUUGUGGGUCUCCUUGUAUGAAGACCUGCAGGAACCGAAGUGGAAAAUGCCUUCAUGAGUUACAAGGCUUGGAAGGAUGCUAUCCAAAGUGUCCAGAGAACAAGCCCUAUUUUGAUGAAGAUGAUAUGGAGUGUGUCGAUAGCUGUGGCUGUUACGAUACCAAGGGAAAAUAUUACAAGCCAGGAACACCCAUUCGUUCAGAAGAGAACUGUCAAUCAUGUGAAUGCACAAUGAAUGGCAUUGAGUGUGAAUAUGAUGAAGACGAAUGCCACUGCACAUAUGAUGGAAAGCAAUAUGAGUAUGAGGAUGUCAUCUACGACACUACAGAUGGUAUUGGCGGGUGUAUCAUUGCAACUUGUGGUCACAAUGGAACAAUUGAUAGAAAAGUCUACGCAUGUUCUACACCCUUAACCACAACACCAUUUUCAUUUUCCUCUUCAACACCUAUAUCCACCACUACAGUGACACCAACUACAUCAGUCUGUGUUCGUGAAGUAUGCCAGUGGUCACAAUGGUAUGAUGUGAGCUAUCCAGGGUCUGGGAUCAACGAUGGAGAUUUUGACACAUUUGAUAAUUUAAGAGCCAAAGGUUAUAAAGUCUGCAAAGCUCCAAAGGCUGUUGAAUGCAGAUCUGAGAAGUUCCCUAACACACCAUUAAAUGAACUAGAGCAAAAAGUAGAAUGUAGUACAACAAGGGGACUAAUAUGUUAUAAUAAGGAUCAGCAUCAAAUGAUCUGCGACAACUUCCAGAUAAAAAUCUUAUGCUGUAGCUUUGUACCAUGUGAAUAUACAACUCCUGCUACCACAACGCCUGCGGAGACUACAACACCCAUCACAAAAACGACCACUCCAGAAACUACUGUAACCGGUAUAUCUUCAACAACUACAGCACUACCUACAACCACAGAAUCUAAAACAACUACUCUUUCAACAAGUACCAUGACCUCCAAAACUCCUUCAACAUCUCCAGUCACAGAAACAACGAGUGUGUCAACUUCAACUCUUACAACCACAGCUCCAUCAACAACAAUCCCUGAAACAACUGCCAGCCCUUCAACAGAAACUGUAUAUACUACAGGAGAAAUCACAUCCAUAACACCUUGUAAACCAAAAUGCAAAUGGUCUGAAUGGCAUGAUGUCCAUUUUCCUAGUCUGGACAAUAAAGGAGAUUCUGAAACAUAUGAUGAUAUUAGAGCAGCAGGAAAAGUGAUCUGCAGCAAACCUGAAAAUAUAGAAUGUCGAGCCGAGAAAUUCCCAGAAAAAUCAAUUGAUAACAUUGGCCAAAUUGUCCAGUGCAAUGUAUCCUUUGGACUUGUCUGCAGGAAUGAAGAUCAGGAAGGAGUGCUCCAAAUGUGUUAUAACUAUCAAAUAAAAGUAUUCUGCUGUGAUGAUUUUAGUCAUUGCCCAUCCACAUCCACUACUACAGAAACUACAACAACUGCAGGCACAACUAUUGUUUCAACAAAACCUUCCACCCAGACUCCUAUAACUACAGAAACUACAACUUCAACCAUAAGAACUACACCUUCAACCACCACAACAACAGAAACCACAACCAAAGAAAUUAAAACAACUACUCCUUUAACAACCACCCCUAUAGAAACUACAACAAUCACAACUACACCUUUCACUACCACAAGCACAGAAACUACAACUACUCCAGGCACACCCAUUGUUUCAACAGAAACUUCCACACUGACUCCUACAACUACAGAAACUACAUCAAUAGGAACUACACAUUCAUCCAUCACCAGCACAGAAACUACAACAGUCACAACUACCCCUUUCACUGCCACAACCACACAAACUACAACAACCACAGGUAGUACAACCAUGACAACUCCUCAAACUACUACUACAAUACCAACCACUACUCCAAUAACCUCAACACCAAUUCCGGACACUUUUACAACUACAACUACUUCACCAACCACUACUCAAACCACCACCACAGAAUUUACCACAAUAAUAAGUACAAUCACUACACCAACAACCACUGAAACUACCACGGCUGCAACUACUACACCUAUUUCAACAACAAAACCUACAUCAUCAAUAACAGUAACAACUACUCCAGCAAUAACCACAAUCUCAGAAACUACAACAGCUGUGACAACUGUUCCUCCAACAACUGAUGAUUGUUUUAAAGAACUAUGUGAAUGGUCACAAUGGUAUGAUGUAAGUUACCCAAGGUCUGCUAUCAAUGGUGGAGAUUUCGAUACAUUUAAGAAUAUAAGAGCCAAAGGAUACAAUGUAUGCAAAGCUCCAAAGGCUGUGGAAUGCAGAGCAGAAAGAUUCCCUGACACACCAUUAAAUGAGCUGGAGCAAAAUGUAAUAUGCAGCAAAACAGAAGGGCUGAUAUGUUAUAACAAGGAUCAACUCCCACCAAUCUGCUAUAAUUACCAGAUCAAAAUUGAAUGUUGCAGAAAUGUAAUUGUAACAUGCCCACCUAUCACCCUAGCCACUACAACGACAGUAACACCCAUCCCAACCACUACCCAAAUAGUAACAACCACCCCAGGCACUACUCCAAUUGUAACAACCACCCCAGCCAUUACAACAAUAUUAACAACCACCACAACAAUACUAACAACCACCCCAACCAUUACCCCAAUAGGAACAACCACCCCAGCCACUGCAACGACAGUAACAACAAGGACAACAGCAACCACGAAAAAAAUUAUUACCCAAAUACAAACAACUAAAACAGCUCAAACAGCACCUGUACAUCAAAAAACGACUCAAGAAAAGCACAGUACAACUAAAGAAACCACACUGGUGAGUAAAACAACACCAGAAAGAACUCCAGUCACAACAACAUCGACGAUCUCCACAGCACUGCCAACUACCACAAUUGUAGAAACCACCACUACAGGAACCACCGGAAGCAGAACCACAACAGCUCCCACCACUCUACCUACCACAGAAAUCCCCACAACAUCACCAAUACCCACAACUACAGGAACAACCACUUCCUCAACUACAAAGUGUCAACCAACGUGCACGUGGUCCAAAUGGUUUGAUGUUGAUUUCCCCUCUUCUGGACCUAAAGAAGGAGACAUUGAAACCUAUAACAACAUAAGGGCUGCAGGAGAGAUAAUCUGCGGAAAGCCUGAAAAUAUUCACACUACAACGACAGUAACACCCAUCCCAACCACUACCCAAAUAGUAACAACCACCCCAGGCACUACUCCAAUUGUAACAACCACCCCAGCCAUUACAACAAUAUUAACAACCACCACAACAAUACUAACAACCACCCCAACCAUUACCCCAAUAGGAACAACCACCCCAGCCACUACCCCAAUAGUAACAAUCACCCCAGCCACUACAACGACAGUAACAACCAUCCCAACCACUACCCCAAAUAGUAACAACCACCCCAGGCACUACUCCAAUUGUAACAACCACCCCAGCCACUACAACAAUAUUAACAACCACCCCAAACAUUACCCCAAUAGGAACAACGACCCCAGCCACUACCCCAAUAGAAACAACCACCUCAACCACUAUCCCAAUAGAACCAACGACCACAGCCACUACAAUGACACUAACAACCACACCAGCCACUACAAUAGAAACAACCACCCCACCAACUACCCCAAUAGUAACAACAAGCACCCCAGCCACUGCAACGACAGUAACAACAAGGACAACAGACCACGAAAAAAAUUAUUACCCAAAUACAAACAACUAAAACAGCUCAAACAGCACCUGUACAUCAAAACACGACUCAAGAAAAAGCACAGUACAACUAAAGAAACCACACUGGUGAGUAAAACAACACCAGAAAGAACUCCAGUCACAACAACAUCGACGAUCUCCACAGCACUGCCAACUACCACAUCUGUAGAAACCAAAACUAGUGAAAUUACCCGAAGCGGAACCACAACAGGUACCACCACUCUACCUACCACAGAAAUCCCCACAACAUCGCCAAUACCCACAACUACAGGAACAACCACUUCCUCAACUACAAAGUGUCAACCAACGUGCACGUGGUCCAAGUGGUUUGAUGUUGAUUUCCCCUCUUCUGGACCUAAAGAAGGAGACAUUGAAACCUAUAACAACAUAAGGGCUGCAGGAGAGAUAAUCUGCGGAAAGCCUGAAAAUAUUCAGUGUAGGGCAGAAAACUACCCGGACAUAAGCAUCGACCAGAUCGGUCAAGUUGUGCAGUGCGAUGCCAAUUUUGGGCUGGUGUGCAAAAAUGAGGAUCAAAUCGGGAAAUUUAAAAUGUGUUUCAACUAUCAGAUACGUGUAUUUUGCUGUGAAGAGAACCCUAACUGCCCAACCGCAACCACAAGUAUCAUGCCCACAACUACACGUACACCAACAACUACAGUCACAGAAACAACCACCAGAGUCACCACUUCUACUAAACCAACAGUCACACAAACACCAGAAACCACUACCUCUGAAACAACUCCAAUCACUACCACUAAGGGACCAAGCACAAGCACAAGCACAACGGGUACCACCACUCUGCCUCCCACGGGAGUCAUCACAACAUCUCCGAUCUCCACAGCAUCUCCAACUACCACAAUUGUAGAAACCACCACUACAGGAACCACCGGAAGCAGAAGCACAACAGGUACCACCACUCUACCUACCACAGAAAUCCCCACAACAUCGCCAAUACCCACAACUACAGGAACAACCACUUCCUCAACUACAAAGUGUCAACCAACGUGCACGUGGUCCAAAUGGUUUGAUGUUGAUUUCCCCUCUUCUGGACCUAAAGAAGGAGACAUUGAAACCUAUAACAACAUAAGGGCUGCAGGAGAGAUAAUCUGCGGAAAGCCUGAAAAUAUUCAGUGUAGGGCAGAAAACUACCCGGACAUAAGCAUCGACCAGAUCGGUCAAGUUGUGCAGUGUGAUGCCAAUUUUGGGCUGGUGUGCAAAAAUGAGGAUCAAAUCGGGAAAUUUAAAAUGUGUUUCAAUUAUCAGAUACGUGUUUUGUGCUGUGACGAAAAUGUAAAUUGUCCUGUUACAACCUCAAUUUUGCCAACAAUGCCCACACGAGUAACCACUCCAACUAUCUCAAGUACACAAACAGGAACAACAGAAGUAACCAUGACAACUACUCACUGCUUUUGCCAAAUUGAGGACGCUGUUUAUGCAUCUGGUGAAAUGAUUUACAACAAAAUAGACAAGGAUGGAUGUAAUUUUUAUGCCAUUUGUAGUAAAACUUGUUCAGUGGAGCGAUUUAAGGGACCAUGUAAAUCAACAACUCCAGCAACAGCAACAACAACUACACCUACAACUUCAACAUCUAUACCAACUACGAUUCCCACUACAACAGUUAGUUCAACCACUAAAAUUGAGUGUCCUGAUGCUAAACCUCCCAGAAAGAUGGGUGAAACAUGGAAGAUAUCCAACUGUACCACUGCAACUUGCGAGGGAAAUAACAAAGUUGUUAUACAGAAAGUGAAAUGCCCACCUGUAAAGAACAUUACCUGCGCCAACGGAUACCCACCAGUAGAGGUCUUCAGUGAGGAUGGCUGCUGUUACCACUAUGAAUGUGAAUGUGUCUGUAGUGGCUGGGGUGACCCUCACUACAUUACAUUCGAUGGAACCUAUUACACAUUCCUUGACAACUGCACAUAUACUCUGGUGAAGCAGAUUACCCCUAAAUAUGACAACUUCCGUGUUGACAUUGACAAUUACUUCUGUGAUGCGGAAGAUGGACUUUCCUGUCCUCAGUCCAUUAUCGUUUACUACAAGUACACAGUGGUAGUGCUGACGCGUGAACUCUAUAAUGGAGUGAUGGCUAAUAAGAUUAUCUUCAAUAAAACGGUUGUCAACCCAGGCUUCCAGAAAGAUGGCAUUUCUAUUUACAUGCUUGGCAUCAACAUGGUUGUUGAAAUACCUGAGAUUGGAGCUACCAUCACCUUCAGCGGGUUGAUCUUCUCAGUGAAACUCCCAUUCAGCAAAUUUGGCAAUAACACUGAAGGACAGUGUGGUACAUGCUCAAACACCAAAAUCGAUGACUGCCGCUUGCCAAGUGGUAAGAUCAUCUCUUCUUGUACCCAAAUGGCUCCCCACUGGAAGGUUGACGAUGACAAGAAGCGAUACUGUAGAACAACACCACCACCCAGCACCCCGACUCCAGCUCCCAGCUGUCCUCCGUCUGCUCUUUGCAAGAUAAUUUUGAGCGAAGUCUUUGAAGAAUGCCACAAGGUGAUACCACCACAAGAUUUUUACAAGGGCUGUGUCUUUGAUGCAUGUCAUAUGACCAAUGCAUCCAUGCAGUGUUCCGGCUUGGAGAUAUAUGCCACUCUGUGUGCCACUAGAGGUGUUUGUAUUGACUGGAGAGGAGAGACUCAGGGCAAAUGCCCAUAUAACUGUCCAGUGGGCAAAGUGUAUAAACCAUGUGGGCCUCUUAAUCCUGCUACUUGUGAUUCAAGAGCUGUUCAACACAAUGGCACUGGCCUAACUGAAGGAUGUUUCUGCCCUGAAGGAAAGUUUCUCUUCAAUGCAAACAGCGAUGUCUGUGUCUCUGGAUGUGGUAACUGUAUAGGACCAGAUGGACAGCCCAAAUUACCUGGAGACCAGUGGAAAAGCAAUUGCCAGGACUGUGUUUGUGACCGGUACACUGUUACAGUGAAGUGUACAAAGCGCCCGUGUAAACCACUCCCGCCAGUUUCUUGUGAUGACCCAGGAUUUGUUCCUGUCCAGUCGCUGACACGAGAAGACCCAUGCUGUGUCCAGACUGAAUGCCGAUGUGACACUAGCAAGUGCCCCGAAUCAGUGGCCAGCUGUCAACCAGGAUACGAGUUAAUCCCAGAAGUAUUAAAUGGAAAUUGUUGUACUAUCUUCACAUGUAAGUUAAAACCAGGCUGUGUAACCAAUGGAACUUUCUACAUGCCUGGAGCUGUCAUUCCAAAAGGUACCUGUGAAAAGUGCACCUGCUCUGCCAAAGUACAGCCAGACAGUCAGAGAAACAUCGUUGACUGCCAGCCCAUUCCAUGUGACACUGAGUGCCAACGGGGCUAUGAAUAUAAGCUGAAAUCUGGACAAUGCUGUGGCGACUGUGUACAGGAGGCUUGUAUACUGAAGAUGAAGGAUAACACAGUCCAUGUGCUUCAGGUUGGAAAAGUCUGGCAUGAGCCUGGUGAUAACUGUACCUUCUAUAAAUGUGAACAAAUUGAGGAUCAGUUUAUUCCUGUCACUGUAAGGAAAGCCUGUCAACCCAUAUACCCAGAAGACUGCGAUCCUGCUGAUAUCAUGCUAAGUGAAGAUGGCUGCUGCAAAUCAUGCCCAUUACCCCGUAAAACUUGUAGUCUGCGUAGUACUACCACUGUCAUCAGUCAAAAUGACUGCAACUCUUCUGUGCCUGUUGAACUAACAUACUGCGAAGGCAACUGUGAUACUUCUUCAAUGUAUUCCCUUGAGGCUAAUGUGAUGCAACACAAGUGCAAGUGUUGUCAGGAGAUCAAGACCAGCAAAAGACAGGUGACCCUGAGCUGCCCUGAUGGAAGCACCACUGAUUACUCAUACACCCACGUGGAGCAGUGCGAUUGUGCAGGCACGGAGUGCAUCCCCCAAGCCCCUCCCACCACUCCAGCACAGCAGCAGGAGCAAGAACAGCAGCAACAGGAACAGAUCCAGCAGCAACAAGGGCAGUCCUAGAACCAGGAGCAGAACCAGAAAAAUGAACCAAAACCAGGAAGAGUAGAAUAUAGACUGAAAUAAAUCUUUUCACUUUUUUUUCCUAAUAAUAAACAAGUAUCCAAAGCAGCUAGAAUCUUGGACAUACGGAUGAAAUUCCUGUAUACACGCUAGAAAUUUCUGUUUCCUAAUUAUUUCAGCUUCCCUUAUCAAUGGGUCUCAUUGCUUUGAGUGUCUUCUUUUAACUUGAGAGGUGCAGGAUUAGGAAAUCUUGAGGUUUGUUUUUUCUCGGCGGUGCUGUACUAUAGGACUGACAGCUUUUCUUUCAAGAGGGUGGGGUGAGUGGAACUAUACUCUAACUAAAGUCCUUGAUGUAAAUCGUAGUCUCUUUUUGUCUUGAAAUUUUCCCUGUGGUGAUUCUGAUACUGACUGCCCAAGGCCAAGCAUAGAACAAACAUCACUGGGUCAUUAAUAAUUUUUCACUAGUCACGGUCAUUACACACCCACCUGACACUGACUAAUCAUUGCACUGAAUUAGACAACUUUUAAAAUCCCUUUGAUUCCAGUUCAAUUAGGCAGUGUCAACAAUUCAAGUCCAGGAAAAACACAGACUAUCGCGCUCACCUUCCUACCUUUUUGUUUGUUUGCUUGUUUGUUGUUUUAGCAUUAAAGAGAGUUUAGGUUGUAGAAACUGCAUCUUCUCAAACUUCAAACUUUAAAGAUACUGGGGGGGGGGGGUUGUGGUGUUGUAGAAAAGAAAGGAAGAAAGAAAGAAAGCCUAUCAUACAAGGUUGCUGCAGAAUAUCCUAUGUUUACAUGAGAUCAUCAGCAUAGUAAAUGUAUGAAAAUUUGGAUUCUUGUAUUUGUUUUUGGUUAACUGUUUACAGAAGAAAUAUAUUUUUGCCAAAAGGGGUAUAUGAAGGAUUUUUGUAAACAAAAGUAAUAAUAAUAGUAAUAUAAAUUCUUUCCUAGGAAGCUGAGAUUUUUUUUAAAUGUUGUACCAUUGCUAUUUAUUUUGUUUCUGGGAAAAAUAAGUGUAUUGGACCAUUUCCUCCACAAUUAAUGUUGCCCCCAUUUUCUAGCAUCAGUGGGUAUCUGGUUGUGGGAUGUUUUCUUUUUCUAUUUUGUUUUGGGUUUUGUUUGUUUCUUAAGAGGAAAAAAAGUUAUGAUGAUUAAUAAACUUUUAGCAUUUUGCAA